GUCGCUGCUCGCUUCCCGGUGCUCGGUUCCUGGUGUUCGGUGCUGGGUUCCCGGUGCUCGGUGCUCAGCCGGGCUGCAGCAGGUGAAAUGGCUGCAGAGAAGUGGAAAGGCUGGGCUGUGAAACAGCAGCAGGAGGCUGAGCAUGGUGACACGAGGGAGCCGCGUGUGCUGCUGGGCCGGCGGCUGGCUGAACCCGGCAGGUUCGCGUACGCCGCGCUCUGUGGGAUCUCCCUGGGCUGGCUGUUCCCUGAAAACGAGCAAAGCUCCUUCAGGACAGAAUUCAUCAAGGACUUUGUGCAGUGGCUGGACCUGCCUGAUGCUGUCUUACCUGCCAUGACAGCCUUUGCUGAUGGCUUAGGAGGUGAGGGGGCAGAAACUUUCACUGAAAUUUUGCUGAAGGAUCCAAUUUUGAAAGAAAAUCCACUUCUCAUUACCCAGGACCUUUUAUCCUUCUCUCUUCAAAAUGGAUCCUAUGAUGCUCGAGCCAGGGUGCUGAUCUGCCGUGUCAACUGGCUGCUGAGAAUUCCCUUGGAAGAUCUGGAAGUCCUGGAGGAAUCUCUGCUUGAGAGCCUGAAGGAGCAAAAAGAGGAAGAGUCAGAAACUGCAGAAGUCUCAAGAAAAAAGAAGGAAAGAAGGAAAAAGCUGAAGAGAUACCUGCUGAUUGGUCUGGCAACUGUUGGGGGUGGAACAGUGAUUGGUCUGACAGGAGGCCUGGCUGCCCCUCUGGUUGCUGCAGGAGCUGCCACAAUCAUCGGGAGUGCUGGAGCAGCUGCUUUAGGAUCAACUGCUGGGAUUGCUGUCAUGGCAUCCCUUUUUGGAGCUGCAGGAGCUGGUCUUACUGGAUACAAAAUGAAGAAACGUGUGGGAGCCAUAGAAGAGUUUGAAUUCCUCCCACUUACUGAAGGGAAGCAGCUCCACAUCACCAUAGCAAUCACUGGAUGGCUGUGCACUGGCAAAUAUGGGAGCUUCACAGUCCCAUGGAGCAGCAUGUUGCACUCGAGUGAGCAGUACUGCCUGGCCUGGGAAUCCAAGUACCUGAUGGAGCUUGGCAACGCCUUGGAUUCCCUGCUGAAUGGUUUUGUCAACAUGAUGGCUCAAGAAGCCCUAAAAUUCACUGUCUUGUCAGGGAUUGUGACAGCCUUGACUUGGCCAGCAUCACUCCUGACUGUGGCCAGUGUCAUUGACAACCCCUGGGGAGUGUGUCUGCAUCGCUCUGCUGAAGUGGGCAAACACCUGGCACACAUCCUGCUCAGCAGACAGCAGGGCCAGAGGCCUGUCACACUCAUUGGUUUCAGCCUGGGUGCCAGAGUCAUUUACUUCUGCCUGCAGGAAAUGGCUCAGGAAAAAGACUCACAAGGGAUCAUUGAAGACGUUGUCUUGCUGGGAGCUCCAGUGGAAGGAGAAGCCAAGCACUGGAAAGCUCUCACCAGAGUGGUGUCAGGCAGGAUCAUAAAUGGAUUCUGCAGGGGGGACUGGCUGCUGAGCUUUGUUUACAGAACUUCCUCUGUCCAGCUCAACGUCGCAGGCCUCCAGCCAGUGGACCUGGAUGACAGGAGGAUGGUGAACAUGGACCUUUCCUCUGUAGUAAAUGGACACCUGGACUACAUGAAGCAGAUGGACACAAUCCUAAAAGCCGUGGGCAUUAGAACCAAGGAAUGCCAGCCCGAGGAGAAGGGCGGUGGCACUCUUUUUUCCCCUCAAGCCAGGAAAUCCCAGCGGGCAGCUGGCAGCGAGGCUCGGGGAGAGGAAAACUCCAGGAAGGAGGAGGAUGAGGCUGGGGGUGAGGCUCCCGCAGCCGGCUGCGCCCAGCGACAGAAUUCCCUCAGCUCUGCCCUGGGAGAGGCCUCCCCUCCCUGCCCAGACUGCUCACACAGCACGGACAGCAAGGGCCAGGCACUGGGGAAAGGGGGCAGAGCUGCUCAGCCAGCACAAAAACCGCUGUCAGCACAUCCCUGGCGCUGCGAUUCCCAGAGGAUGGAGCCGGCCGAGCUGCAGCUGCAGUUUCCAGCCCCUCCGGAGAAACGCGUGGCAUUGCUGUGGCACCGGAUCAAAGCGCUUGGAGCAGCCACCCACCACAGCUCCCCGAGGCCACAGAGAGCUGAGUCCUGCCUGAGGAUGCACUGAGGGCUGAGUCCUGCCUGAGGAUGCACUGAGAGCUGAGUCCUGCCUGAGGAUGCACUGAGAGCUGAUUCCUGCCUGAGGAUGCACUGAGAGCUGAUUCCUGCCUGAGGAUGCACUGAGAGCUGAUUCCUCCCUGAGGCUGCUCUGAGAGCUGAUUCCUGCCUUAGGCUGCACUGCUCCUCAGGAAUCCAAGGCAGAUCCCAUCCAAAUCCUUGCAGGAAGCGGCUGCACCCCUCGGCACCGUGUCCCUGCUGUGACUGGGGAAAGCAGGUGGCUCUGAGGGGAUUUGAAGCAUUUCACAGAGAGGAGUUCACUACUAGCAAAUUAAAAACAUUUUUCCACUGGA